AUGGAAAGCUUUGUUGACGAUAUGGGAACAUUCUUUAUAAGGAAGAUUACAAACCUACGUGCGAAAUUAGCUUGUGUAGAUGAUUGUACCUAUAGCAAUCUUGGUGACCCAUGUGUAUCAUCAUUUGAGAAAUUUGAACCUUUGGAGAUGGAAGCUGUCAAGCACCUUGUUUUAGAGUCGAACACAAAAUCUUGCUCCUUGGAUCCUAUCCCGACUAGCAUGGUAAAGGAAUGUUUGGAUGAGUUGCUACCAGUACUAAUAUCUAUUAUUAAUUACUGUUUGUCAUCAGGAUUAUUUCCUAAUGAAUGGAAAGAGGCUUUAAUAAUUCCGUUACUGAAGAAAUUUGGCCUGGAUUUAGCUUUCGAAAAUUUUAGGCCUAUUAGUAAUUUACAAUUUGUGUCAAAGUUGACCGAAAAAGCUGUUUUCAACCAAACACAUUCUUAUCUAGUUUCAAAUGAUUUGUUUCCUCUUUGUCAAUCCAGUUAUCGGAAAUAUCACAGUACAGAGACGGCGCUACUAAAAGUAAAGAAUGA